GAUUUUGUGGCAUUUUUUGAAAAACAGAAGUUUCUAAUCAGCCUCUCGAGGUUCCAAAUCGUUUUGAGACUGCCUGCAAAUCCAUCUAAAUAACUGCUGUGACCGAAGAGUAUUAGGUACAAUUGGUUUGCAGAGUAAGUAAAUUUCGACUUUUCAAUUGCACUCUAUGAAAUUUUGUGGAAAUUUGCAAGUUUCUAAAAUUUACUGCAGGUUCUAGGAAUUUUUGAAAAGUUGCAGAGACUCUAUACUGACUUGAACGCACCUGAAGUUGACUUGAUAGCGCGUUAAAAUUAGAGUGCAGAGUAAAUUUUGGAUUUCCAACUCUGUUCGGUAAAAUUUUAUGGAAAUUUUGAGUAGGUACUGAAAAUGAAGAAUCUGCUGGAGGCUCCAGUAAUUUCCAAAAGGUCGCUGGUAGUUCCAAAACGACUUGAAAUCUACCUGCAGUCGAUUUUAUGCUGUAGUCUGUAGCUGAAAAUGUGGGUUUUCAAUUUUCAAGGUGAACAGUUCUCACGUCAGUAUUGAGAAAAAAAAUCAAAAGAAAUUUGCAUCACAAAAACACUCCUUGAAGAGACAAAAAUUGGUGAAUCGGAUUCAAUUUUCACGAUUCAUUUUCAUUUUGAAUCCGAUUCAAAAUUGAUCCGAGAUUCGAAUCACCCCAUCUCUGGUUCAAAAAGAUAAAAAUAUGAACCCCUUCCACCUCUCACUUUUUUCUCAGUAGAGAGGCGAAAAAAUUUAGGGGCUGUUUUGGUUCAAAGAGGGGGGAUAUUGGUGCAGGGUAGAUUGAAAGCAAUCAAAAAUGUAAAAAACUUGCAUCAUUUUCCAUUUUUCAAUUUUUUGAAAAAAUUGAGGGCAUUCUGGCACCACUCGUUUUUUACUUAGGGGAUUGAAAGUUUAAAGGAUUUAUUUUUUCAUAAAAUAGAACACCUUUGGGGGGGAUGAGAGCAGAAAAAAUCAACGAAAAAAAUUCCACCAAGUAUAUAAAUAAGAACCACCCUAGUAUUAAGGUGAAAGAAUUCAAGUUGAAAAAAUUAUUCUGCUGUGCUGUUAAAGUGAAAAAUUCAGCUACGUAAUAUGUUUGACGAUCGUGAUUAAAUACCUACUCGACUAUUAUCCACGUUUUUCAAUAAACAGGUUUUACGAACCAUUAGUCGAGAAUCUAGUUGUACCUCGCCUCAAUCUUCUUGAAGUUACCUACUUACUAAUUCUAUUAGUAAUAGUUUGAUUUCUGUUACAAAAUGAGUUACCAGUUCGCGUUAACAGACGUUUUGUUUCAAGAUUCAUUGAUUUUUGGUCAUGAUAAUCGUUAAACUAUUUACUGCAAAAUAAAAUUUUUAGUGCAAUGAAUACUUCGUUAUUAUUUCACAGGAUACGAAUAUGCUUGAUUACUGUAAGUCCUUGUGUCAUGGGAGGAAUAACUUUGGGAUUUUCUUCGAUCGCGUUACCUGAAAUGAACCUCAGUUUGGAUGCAUCAUCUUGGUUUGGUUGUUUAUUCACAAUAGGAGCCCCAUUCGGUAGCCUGACAUCAGGAUACGUGAUCGACAAAUUCGGCCGAAGACCUGCACUGAUACUGAGCAUAAUCCCCGGAUUAAUAGGAUGGCUGCUUAUCACCACUUAUGAAAAGAACACACUUUGGAGAUUAUUUGUAGGAAGAUUUCUGACAGGAUCAUCCUGCGGAUUAUCUUUUUUCGCCGGACAAAUGUACCUAUCCGAAUUCAUCGACCUUGAUCCGAAUUUCAUCGCUUACAGAUCAUCUUUCACAAAUGCCAUUCCAGCUGCAACAUCUACCGGAUUUUUUCUAGUUAUAAUAUUCGGCACAUUUUUCUAUUACAAAACAGUAGCAUUUUUUGCCUUCGUAUUGGCUGUAUUCUUACUAAUCUGUAUUAGUUUAUUUAUACCCGAAAGUCCAGUAUGGCUGUACCAAAGAGGCAGAUAUGGAGACGCCGAAUGGUCUCAGAAUCGAUUAAAGCUUACUUGUUCUUUCGAAAAUUACCCAUUAGGAGGAUCGACCAAAGAAACCAAUCGAGGAAGUAUCCUAGAUAGGCUUCGAAGACAAGAUGUAUAUGUUCCUUUAAUAUUUAGUAGUGUUUGUCUUUCAAUGAUAUACCUUUGCGGGUCGUCAGUCCUAUCUACUUAUCUAGUUAACUUGAUAGAUCCAGAGGGUAUGUACUCUUUGCAAGAUUCGUACACGUUGAGUGCGAUUUCUGCUACUGUAUUUUUUUUCAGCUCCAUCGCUGUGAUUUUUUGCAUCCCUUGUAUCGGUAUUCGCAAAAUAGCGAUAGGUUCGACAUUAGGAAUGAUGAUCGGUAUGCUGAUUUAUGGCAUAGCUGACUAUUUUACCACGUCUAUAAUUUAUGCUGAUCUGGCUCAUUAUGUUGGUAUCGUUGCCAUUGGAUUGGCGCAGUUUUGUAAUGGUUUCGGAUUCUAUGCUAUACCGAGAGCAGUUUUAGGAGAAAUUUUACCACCUGAUGCGAGAGGAUUCGCAGCUCUGCCCACUGUAUUAAUGUAUGCUGCUCAAGCAGCCACUAUCAAAGUUCACCCUUUUUUGGCAGUUUCGCUAAAGGGGUUUGUUUAUAUUAUUUACGCGAUAUUUAGUCUUCUUCAAGCUAUAAUUUUAUUUUACUUUUUACCAGAAACUGUCGGCAGAACGGUUACCCAAAUUAGUAACGAUUUUUAUAGAAAACCAAGUUCUGAAUUAUGAUUAAUCCUAUACUUAGCAUGCGAAUAAAAAGAAUUCUUAUUCGAA